CAUAAACCCUGACAUUCACAGGAAUCAAACAUCAUUUUUUUGUUCAUCUUCAUUAGUAAUACACUCCAUUUUCAGCUUCAAAUUAAGGUUAUCAGGCUAUCAUUAUUGGGGGCUCAGACUCCCCACAGAGCCAGGAAAUGGCCGACUGGAUACAGUCAACACUGCAGACAGUCCAUGGCCGAUUUCCUGAAGAGCUCCGUCAAUCACUGAAGAAGGGAAGACCAGUUAAUGAACCCUUUUAUCAAAUCUGCACAAAUGAGGAUGCCAGCACUGUUGCUACUUCAAGGGCUGAGAGCUCAAGUACACCGAAAAGAGGCAAAAGGGGUGGUGUGGGCCGAGCACAUGCCUAUACUGUGAAGCCAAAGGCCAUGAACAACAAGCAGGGCAGGCAAAUGGACAGAGAGAGGCAACAACCAAAAGUUCCUUCCAACCUGGAGACAUAUGAUUAUGCCCAGGACCUGCCAGACAGAGGAAGGUUCAAGGUGGCCGACCAUGUAGACAUUCACCUGCAGUACCAAUCUGACAGUGACGAAGAGUCCAUGAACUGCUGGGGAUGCUGGAUCAAACUGAGAACCCUGCUGAGACUCAGAGAGGGAAGGAGGCAGCCAGAGGAGGGCUGGUACAGGAUGGGCAUGAGGGCCCAGGAAGAAUGGGAGCUGCAGAGAAAGAUGGAGGUGGAGAGGCAAAAAGAGCUGCAGAGAAAGAUGGAGGUGGAGAGGCAAAAAGAGGUGAAGAGGCGGCAAGAGGCAGCACAGCUGCUGGAGAUGAGGAGAAAAAGGGAGAAAGAGAUGGAGAAAGAGCUGCAAACACUGAAACAGGUAGUGCUGCAGGAGUGGGCCAAGACAACCAGUCAACAGACCUGGAGACUGACCAAGGAAGAGAUUGAGGAGUUGCAGAGGCUCCGAGAACAGGAGGGAACACUUCAUCUUAAGAUCCAGAGACUGCAAGAUAAGGAGGCCAAGGCUGAGGUGUGGACCUCCUCGGACAGUGAGGACAUGAGUGAGGAUGAGAGAGAGCAGCAGCAGAGACUGAGGGAGAAGGAAAGACAGUCCCGCCUGAAACAACAACAACUGGAGAAAAUGAUGGGCAGCGUAGCUCUGAGCAAGUCCCAAGAGAGUGUUCGCACUACAAGUCUGCCCAACUGGCUUUUCACUAAGCUGAGGAGAGUUCAGGAACAGCAGGACAGGAUACUUUUACAGAUCCAGAAACUGGAGGCCAAGGGGGCCGUGCCAGAGACUCGGAUCAGCAAAGAGAGUGAGGAUGGGAGAGGAGAAAUGGAGAGGCUGAGGCAGAGAGAAAGAUCAUCCCACCUGGAAGAUGGAAAGCUACUGGGAGACAUGCAGCAUCUAGGGAAACCAGUCACAAAGACAGACAAAGAACGGAUGGGGAGAAUCGGCAGCAGUGAGAUCAGCAGAGAAAGGAUAAGCAACUUCUCACUGGAGGGAAGGAGAGAAGUUAUGGCCGAGGCAGACAGAACUGCUCAGCUGGAGAAAGUGAGAGAGAUGGAGAGGCAGAGAGACACUCUGAGAUAUGAAGAGAGGAUGAGAGAGUUGGAGAGACUCAUUGAGAUUGAAAUGCACCAGGAGAGAAUGAGAAAUAUUGAGAGAAUGAGAGAGAUAGAGAGGAAAAAAGAGAGAGAGAUAGAGGAAGAAUGGAUCAGGCUGAGAGAGAAGAAGCAAGAGGAAGAAAAGAAGAAAGAUAAGGAAAGGGAGUGGUAUCAGAGACAGAAGGCACUGGAGACACAAAUUGAAGAGCUAAAGAAGAAGCAUGAGCUAAAGAUGCCGCUUAAAGACAUGGAUAAACACUAUGAGGAAAAAAUGGAAACACAGAGAGAGUUUGAUGAAGAAACCCAACAGUUUGAGGCAAAAAUGUUGGAGAAGCAGCAAUUACUCGAAAAACAGAGAGCAAUGGCUCAGAGAAGAGAGGAAGAACUCUUGGGACGUAUUGAACACUUGGACAAAACUCACAUGAAGGCACUGAGACACACUGAAACAAAAAUGGAAAAAGAAAGACAUAGACCCCUGGAUAUUGGAUCAGAGGAAGAGAGAGACAGACAGGCUGAGGGAACAAAUGGAGUUCCUUCCUGUGAGAAGGAAAUCCGACGAGAACAGAAGAGCCUGCAAGAGCUGAGGGAACAAAUGGAGCAAAACUUUGUGAUGGAGAGAGAGAUGGACAAAAAGAGACAAGAGGAAAGAUGGAGGGAAAAUGAGGAGAAAAAACAGAAGGAAUGGGAGGAGAAGAACAGAGAGCUGGAGAGAAAGCUAGAGGCCAAUCAGGAGAUGUUGAAACUGAGAGAAGAAGAGCACAGCAAAAAUAAAGUGAUGGAAAUGGAACGGCAGAGAGAGACUGGGAGGGAUGAAAGAAGAGCAACAGCGGUGGAGACACACAGAACAACAGAACUGGAGAAAGGGAUCGACAAAGGUAAAGAAUGGAUGAGAGAAAUCAAGCAAAAGCUGGAGAAACAGACAGAUACAGAGAGAGAUUUGCAAGAGGGAGAAAAUAAUCCAGAGAAAAGACAAGUGAGGAAGACGGAAAUUGAAAAUGAAGAAAAAACAUCAAAUGAGCAGAGGAAACCAACCAUUGAAGGGAUGGACUGGCUGAGUGACAUGAGGCAAAAAGCAGACAAAAACAAAGAUGUCACCCAGCAAGAGGAACAGAUAUUUCUGCAGGAUACCUCAACAGGAAGAACAGAAGACUCUGAGGUAAAACCAAUGGCAAAAAAUGACAUUUUAACCCAAGGGAUGGACUGGCUGGGAGACAUCAGACAAAAACAGGAGAAACUGGUGGAUUCAGGAAGUGAAAUAACGAUCAAGGAAGAAAGAAAACAAAGAAGAACAAGUAGAAGAACACUCACAGAGGGAAAGGCAGAAACUGAGCGACAACACGAGGAACUGGAGGAUGACUGGCUUGGAGAUGUGGGCCGUCAGAAAGGUGAGGACAAAUGGAGUGAGAUCAGGAGGAAACAUCAACAAAGCAGAGAGCAGAGUAGACAGGAGCUGGAGAAGCAAACUGAACCAAAUAAAAGCACUGUGGUGAGAGCAGGAGGACGACGUGCGGCACAAACAGAUGCUGAAGAACAAAGACUGACUGAGGUGAAUAAAGCGGAAAUAAAAGAGGUAAAGAACGUUGGAGAUGAGGGAAUGGACUGGUUCGAUAAAUUAAAACAGAAAAAGGAGAAAGGAAGGAGAGAGAAUUUGGAAGAAGAACAGCGAGUUAUAGGUGAAGAACUAUUCAUUCAGAAGAAACGUAUCCAUGUCAAGAAAAACAAGAGAGAAAGAGAUUGAGAGAGAGAAGUGGAACAACAGCACGUGAAAGGAAAAUCAGAUGACAGGCUUAGAAAUAUUGACAAAAAUGUUGAAACAGAGAGAGUGAUGGAUCAAAACAAAAGUGAGGAGAGGAGUGAAUGUAGACAAAAUCGUCAGAGGAAGUUUGAGGUAUCACAAGAACUUGAAAAGCAGCAGAGGCAGGAGGCAGAGAUGCAAGUGACUAAAGAACCAGAGCUGGUGAGACACACAGAGGCAGAAUGCAAAGCCACAGAGAGAGAGCUGUGUGAGAAAAAGGCACCGUGCAUCAAAGAACACACAGAGACUCAGAGACAGAGCCAGGCAGAAAAGCAGAAAGAGAGGGAAGAGCAGCUUGAAAUGGAAAAGCAACAAGAACUGUUGCAACAAACAGAGAUGGAGAGAGAGAAAGAGAUUGCAAGGCAGAAAGAGAAAGACAGAGAGAGGCAAAUAGAAAAGCAGCUUGGAAUGGAAAAGCAAAAAGAAAUUGAAAGACAAAAGGAGAUGGAGAGAGAGAAAGAGAUUGCAAGGCAGAAAGAGAUACACAGACAGAAUAAUAUGGACCUGGACCAACAAAAGAUGGCGGUAAAGACCCUAUUCCCAGAAAAUGGUAAACUUGUGGAGUUCACUAGGCAGAGAUCUGAAUGCCAAAACCCAAUGGAUAAAGGAGCAAUCCCGUACCCUGCAAAGGUGAGAAGACCACUGUAUCAGCCUGUCGUCCAGCCUACUACAAUUAAUCGAAAGCCAAAGUCCCGCCGUGGGAAGUCAAACAAUCUUGAACGGUCACCUAAGGCUCUGCCUGUUACUGAGCCAACACCUACAGAAUACCCAAAACCGACCUGUCAGGUAGAAGAUGCCAAGCAGGACGAAAAUACUUUCAUGCUAUCAGCAUUUGCCACAGUGAGUGAGAGGGUGGAACAAAUCUCAGAAACAAGUGAAACUGCAGGUCAGUUGGCACAGGUUGAGGAGGACAAUGAAGCUCAAGUUUCCACAGAAGAUACGCUAUCCCUGGGAAGCUGGGGUCAGUCGAGUCACACAUCAGAUGUGAGGGAUGAGGAGGAGCAGGCUGAAAACGCUUCCCUGAAAGCGCUUAACUCAGCUGAUGAGAUUAAUGCAGAGACUAAACAGAAGGACAAGAGUGUGAGGAGGAGAAUGGUGGGGUGGGUUAAUAAAAGAGUCAAAACCUACUACCAGACAAAAAUGGGUAGGACACAUGAGAGAGAAGAGAAGGAGGGAGACGACAACUUCUAUGCAUGGUAUCUAGAUGCACCCAUUUCCAGAGCAGAGAGGGAGAGGCAAAAGAGAGAGGAAGGAGGAAGGUCAGAGGAGAAAUGGCAGCAGAAGGAAGAGUCCUGGAAAAAGUGGGAGGCUAAACGGGCUGAGAAAAAGCAGAAGGAGAGGGCUGAAAAGCAAGAAAAACUGGAGCGGAAGAAGGCUAAAAAACAAGCAUACCAGCAGCAAAAGAAGGACAUAUACGAAAGUAUGCGACAACGACGCGAACAAAAAUUGCAACGAGAGGCUACCAGGUCUCGUAACCAGUGAGCAGUUUAGAAAAUCUCGCCCUCAAAAAGGAUGGACGGCUUUCUGAUGCGACAACAACUAUUUUUUCAGCGAUUUUAUUUUUUCUUUCAUUCAUAUUCAUUCAUGGUCAUUGAAUAAAAUAUAUUGCAAGCAAUGGGAUAUUUCUCAUCUAUA